UUCCUCGAACCUUCCUAGAAUCAUACUUCACACUGGUUUAUCACACUGCUGCCAGCUGGAUAAGAGCAAGAGCAUCCAUCCAUUCGGCUCAUGGUUCUUUCUGCCAUACCGGUAAUCAUCACAUACCGUAACCAUGUCUCUAUCUUUUGCUCUGUCCUAUCUUCAUUCCUCCCCAGUUCCGUCGCAGUCUUCGGUCCGGUUGCAUUUUGGGCGACGCCUGAGUCCCCCGUAUCUUAACCUUUCCAGCACUGCCGUAAUCGAACUCCUAGUUCCGCUCCUCCUGUUAUCCCCUACAAUUCAAGCCACGCCCGUUGAGUAUGACUCCGACCCCCCGCCCCGGCCCGCCGUGGAUAUCGUCAAAAACUUCUUCGGACGCCUCGGGCAAGGCGCGAGCAAUGUACUGAACGUCAAUUACCUGAACGCGCAGAAGGCCGCGUACGGGGACGAACGAGCGACGCUGGAUCGGGAGUCCGGGAUCAUCACCGUCGAAACCAAGCGACACGUUGCCCAGCAGCCCAUGUUCUUGAAGUUCCCACGUAAAGGCAUCGCUAGAAAGUGGCAGAAGGGACAUCAGAUUAUCUUGACGGCUCGAGAUGACCCAGCGCCGGCGAAACGUGAAUCCUCAUCUGCGAUUCCCGAUCCGCUCAACUACGAUUUCAUCAGGUCCAUCUUCCGGCGGAACGAACCAGGAGACCGCCGACAACUCGUUGCCACAUUGGCCGAUGACUCGACCUUGACCACCCACGGUGACGCAGACUCGGCUGCAACCACGGCCAACGAAAACGUAUUAGCCGUUCAUCCAUUUUCCUCGAACAGCGCGAGUAGGAUCGUCCACGAUGAUCCACAAAACCACUGCUCCCAUGACAUUUGCUCCACCGAAACUGUCGGCCACGAAAACGUGCUGGCCGUUCAUCCAUUCUCGCAUAGUGCGAGUGGUAUCGUCCAUGAUGAUCCACGGAAGCACGGCUCUCACGACGAUAGUUCAAUCAAUAAGGUUCUCCAGGAAAAUGUGCUGGCGGUUCAUCCAUUGUCCGCGAAUAGUGCGAGUGGCAUCGUCCACGAUGAUUCACGAAAGCACGGCUCUCACGACGAUAGUUCAAUCAAUAAGGUUCUCCAGGAAAAUGUGCUGGCGGUUCAUCCAUUGUCCGCGAAUAGUGCGAGUGGCAUCAUCCACGAUGAUUCACGAAAGCACGGCUCUCACGACGAUCCACGGAAGCAUGGCUCCCACGACGCUGGCUCAACCGGGACCAUCGGCCGGGAACACAUGUUGGCGGUUCAUCCAUCCACCUCAAACACCGGCACCGUCCACAACGAUCCGCUGAAGCACGGCACCGACGAUGCGAAAGUGGCGGGAUUCGUUCAAGACCUCCCAUCCACCGAGUCGCAAGGACGUCCCCCUAUCACUGCCGGCCUCGUCCAUCUCUCCACCACCGGGAAGCAGUACAAUCGGCGCCAGCUGAUGCAGGGGAACAGCGUGCUCAAUGGGAUCAUUCGGUGGCUGCCCACGGUGGAGGAGGUUGGGGUUAGGGCCAUCUAUGACGAGUAUAGAAAUAGGGCGGAGCCGGCGAAUGCUACGGAGCUGAUUGCCGUGGUGAAUAGCGGGUGGAACUUGAAUGUGUUGGGUUGGUGGCAAUGGAGCUUGCUCGGAGUUUGCUCUUUCGUCGGUCUAUUCCUCUAGCUGCACUUCUGUGGUUGCAUAGACGUGUCUUU